AUGGCUUUAUCUUAUAAACAUAGCAUUUUCAAUCAGGCAACGGGUAACUUUGUUCACUCUGUGUCCAGCAGAGCCCUGUCCAACCUCAUACCAUCUCCAAGUUUAUCCGAUGCAGAUAAUUGUCAUCCAUAUCACAUUGUUGUGAAGAAGAAAAAGAGGUUUUUCUGGAAUAAAGACCGUUUGUAUCCGACACCGUUCACUCUCUCCGAUAUCGUCGAUGUCGAUGAGGCAGAUGGUACGUUUGAUGAAGUCGACCCGACCAAGAAAGACCUCGUCAACUUCGAAAGAUUGCUGACCAUCGAAGCAAAAGGUAAAUUGGAAGCUUCUUUAGCAAGGGAAGUGGCUGGAUUCGAAUUAGAUACCAACCGACACAUCGAGGUUUCAGUAGACUUUGGCCAAGUUGCAGAGAAAUCAAUUGACGUACCUGAACUAGUCAACUUGGUCAGAGGAAGGAAGGUAAACCUGAAAAAUGAUUUCAUCAAAGAAGUAAUGUCGACGAAACGCAAUACUCUUUGCCUUGUCGUGAUGACACUAAGCACAGAAGCAGAGUCUAAGCUUACAGUGGACAUACAAAGUAGUGGAUCAGCCGAUGGAAAUAUUACUCCGGGGUCAAUGAAUUCGAUUGUUAACCUUGAAACAUCUCUGUCAAACGAAAGAAAGCGCUCCAUAGAAAUCCCGUCCAACACUCCACUGGCUUUCCGUAUGCUCGAGAUUCUAGUGAAAGCUGACGGGUCUAUUCAGCUCAUGCAACUACCGGAUAGUGAAGGUGGUUUCAUGACCAUCAAAUAUGAUCACAAACAAUUGUCUGGAAAGAAUCGUCCGAGAUGGCAUUCAUCAAACUAA